AACCCAUCGCUUCCGGCCCCGGAAUUGAGGCAUCCACCGCGUUCCGUACGGAGCGGUACCGCGCUAGCCCCAUCCCGUUAGCGGGUCUCAGGGUGCUGACUCAGCUGCACCCCGCCAAUCCCCGAGCUUCUCUGCGAUCCUCGUUUCGCGGCGCAGUCUCAUCAUCUUCUCCUUCCAUUUCCUUUCCCCUCUGCAUCCCUUCUUCUCUUAUUUCUCGGAUCGGGCCAUCGUGCACUUCAUCCAGUGUGAAGCUUCAAGUGACUUGGAUUGGGCUGGUCUCCCCCAUGUUGGAUGAAGCUCCUCCCUCCACACUGGCCGUGUCGUAACACACCCCAAUGAUGGCGAGUGUCAUGCUUGGAUACUCGUCUCGAGCCGCCUGCAUCGAAUUGCGAUUCCCCCACCCGCCAGAACAGUGACUCGCUCGUCUGUACCGAGGCCCGGAGUUAUGUCGAAGGGCUGCUAUACCUGUCGCCGCCGCCGCAUCAUCUGCGAUAACGGUCUCCCAACUUGCCGCAAGUGCCGCGAUGCGGGGAAGGAAUGUCUGGGGUACCAGAAACCCCUCGUGUGGGUGAAGGGGGGCGUGGCAAGUCGGGGCAAGAUGAUGGGUCGCAGCUUUAAUGAUGUGAUGCAAACUCCAGACAACAGGCGUGACGACUCGAGCUCCGUCUCCAGCAACGCGUCGCCGCCGUCGGCUGCCGAUUCGCCCAGUCAGAUGGGCCCCGAUUUGUCCAUCGACAUCAGCCUGUGUGCGCCCCCGAACGUAUCGGGCAUCCAGGGGAUCCUGGAUUCCACACAGUCGGAGGAUUAUGACAAUCAAGUUUCCCUGCAAAGAGCUGGAUCGAUCCCCGCACCGUGGGGUCUGGUGGAUCCGUUGUUCAAGGACCUAAGUCAGCUGUCGAGAUACUACAUCCUUCAUUUUAACCAGAACCUCGCCAACUACCUGACACUCUACUCCGAUGCCCGGAAUCCGUUCCGUGAUCUCAUUCCCCUGGUUGGCGACUCUCCUCUCCUCUCCCACGUCCUCGCUGCUACCGGCGCCUUGCAUUCCGCGAUCCUAGCCAGCGGUGACUUCUCGCUCGCCCCAUGGCUGUCGGAAGGUUCACCUGCACCGGGUCCAUCAAUGUCCCCCGAACAUGUCGAGAAGGCUGUGAUCAAUUCCAUGUCCCGGCGCCCGGCUUCCAAGGUCUACGAGCACUUUCUUGGGCUCAAACAGCGCGCACUACAACAACUAUCGAGCGAUAUCCAAGACCCUGUUCUGCGCAACGACAACCGAACCCUGGCAGCGAUCAUGGUUUUGGCUCUCAUGGAUGCUAUCGAGUCAGGAGACGGCGCAUGGAAAUACCAUCUGGAGGGGGCCAAAAAGCUUCUAAAAGAUCGACAGGACCUACGGACCUGCAACCCGGCCCAACACAUUAUCAAAUGGCUAGAAGAUUUCGCUGUCGACGGCUUUCUCAUCAUCCAACUCAUGGGAUCCACCCUCGCUCGCCCCGGGUCUCUCACCAGACCCUUCUACACCUCCAGCAUGGGCCCCGCCAUGCUCAAACGCCUCGAAGAAACAUCCUGGGUUGGCUGCCCGGCUUAUCUUCUCGAGGUCAUCUUCCUCAUCCACGCGGGACUCUAUUUUGACCCGGACGUCGACCCCAACUCCCAACCCACCAUGAUCUUCUCCUCUGGCUUCCUCCCCGAAAAUUCGAAUCCGCUUCAAUCCCCGGGCGCUCUCCUCCAACACAUCCAAGCCUUCGACCCCGCCGCCUGGGCUGAAUCCAUGCAAAGCUGCUGGUACCUCGCGGAUCUCUCCAUGCGCACUGCCCUGGCAGCCGUCUACAAAGGCGCUGUCUACCUCUACGCCAGUCGCGUCCUCUCUCGUCCGCGGCCGGGUGCUACCACCAUCCCCAACCACUUUGGACUCGCCUCCGAUCAUGCCCUGGUUGCCGACCUGACCAUCCGCCAGAUCGCUCUCAUCCCCAUCGCAGAUCCCCACUUCAAAUGUCUCAUCUGGCCCACUUUCAUCGCGGGUGCGGAAUGCAGAGACCCGUCCCAGCGGCCAUUCUUACUCGACAAGCUCCGCGCCUUAUACUACGACAUUACCAGCGUGAAUGUCCGCAACGCGGCAUGGGUAUUGAGCGUGAUGUGGCAGAAACAGGACCAGAAAAAGGCCGAGAAACGCAGCACCCAUGCUAAUACCGAGGGUGGUACUUCUUGGCAAUCACACUCCCCGUCCACCACCACCACCAAUAGCGACCACACUCAUGAUGACGAUGUUAACGACAACGAAGACGACUUCGACUGGAUCCAAGAGUUGGACGAAUCCCGAAUCGACUGGCUAUUCAUAUAGACCCUCUCUUCUUCUUAUUCUAUUUCGAUGGACAUAUUCAUGAUUCUUCUACAUUAUAGUAUAUAUCUAGAUAAUGAUUAAUUUACGGUGCUCUAUUGAAGACGCCUCGGAAAGUAGUAUGAGCAUACAAAACCCUCUUCAAGAAGCCGGCUGUCGGAGGUUGACCAUCUCAAGCGUUCUGGUCU